AUGUCAUUUUUCUCUGGCUUCCUCCUCAACACAUCAAUUGAUUUGCGUCGUGAUUGUUGCCAAGUGCCGAUGAUCCCUCCUCAUCCUACCAGAAAUCCUGGCCGGUUGAAAGUGGCCUUUACUUACCUUACGCUGACGCCGCUGUUGCUAUCCUUACUGAUCAUGUCCUCCUCGCGAUCGAUUGGCCUACUCGAAUCCUCCUUGUUGAUAAAACCCGACCCCUCAUCCUUUGCUCCAUCGCCACUCCUCAAGCACCGCCAUCUCAACUUUUCCCAUCUGCCUAGCUGCAACAAUCCUAGCCCGACCGCAGCUGCUCAACCUCAAACCACGGCUGACAAAGCUGAAGCCGCCCAGGCUCUCGCCCAAGUCGAAGCAGCUAGAGCUACUCCCGCUAUUACGUUUGCCCCGUCACCCACCCGAGGCAAGUCUCCCUUCGACGAAGCUCCGCUACCUUAUGAAGGGCGGCCUAUGCAAGGGGCUGAGCUCCCUCCACAUAUGAGGCGCACCCCGCAUGCUGAUCGCCGUCGUUGUUGGCCGACGCCAGACCGCGCUCCCAGACGACCUUGUCGUCCAUCUCCCUAUCAUCGUUCCUCGCCUCCGUUCUCUCCGUUAGCCCAUCGCAGCUCGUCCCCUUCUUUCCAAUCUUCCCCUCCUAGCUUAGGUCCUGAAGGUCCUACCCCCAGCAAUGAGCAGUACAGUGCUGCCUUCUUUGCCCACAGCUUUGUCAACUUCUUGCAUGACCUUCGUACCAUCUUAGACCGUCUUCCACCAAACCACCCUGACGCCCAGGCCCACAACCUCAUAAGGAUGGAUGCCACCCUCCUAGAGCACUGGUACCGCCACCGCGCGGAUCAAUUGGUCAAGAUGUUUAGUAACCCCUAUUCCAAUGCCGGCCUUGUUUAUCGCACCCUUGUAUCCACGAUCCUCUGCCUUGGUGUGAUCAACAGCCGACAUGCCUAUGAUCCGUUCAAUCCUGCGCUCUGA